ACCACUUUGAACAAAGUGUAAACAAAAAGUCAAGUAAAAAUGGAAGAUAUAGACAAAUUUUCAAAUAUUCUGAAAGAUUUUGAAUACUUUAGAGACUUUAAAAGUUUUCUUAAUCCCAACAACAAUGCUCGUAAGGUUACCCAAAUAAAGAAGACACAUCCGCGCUUCAACCCCCUGACUGAUCUAAAUGAGCACAAAUUUCGAUUGAAGUACCGGUACACGAAAGAAAACCUUCGCCGUAUUAUUGAAAUUGUGCGUGACGACCUGGAAAUUGAAUAUUUUGAGCCAUUGAAAAGAGAACAAGUGCCAAUAGAUCUACAAAUCCUAUCCGCAAUUCGUCUGUGGGGUGGAACCGAGCACCCAAAACUAACUGCAAUGGCCCAUGGCGUUAGUUUACGUACUUUGGCGAAAAUCACAAGGCGCGUUGCUUCAGUUUUAUCAUCAAAAGCAUCUCGAUAUAUCAGAAUGCCGGCAACACUCUCCGAAAAGGAGCGAAUGAUGUGUUCCUUUCAAGCUAUUGCUAAUAUGCCACAAGUAAUCGGGGCUUUACUGCAGACAACAGUUCGAUUUCAACCGGAAAACGUAGCAACGGAAGAUAUUGAUGGGGAAGUCCUUUCUCCCGCAUUCACAAAGGAGGAGGAGCUUCACCUCCAAAUCGUUUGCGAUGCAGCCCAUAAGAUAAGAGACCUCGAUAUUCGUCUGAUCGAGGAAAAUUCAAUGCUCACAGACACCGAGAUGUUCGGUCUGUCUAAAAUAAAGGAGCGUUUCGAACAGAACGAGUUUCGUGGUCGUAUUCUGCUGGGAAAUGAAAUGGUCCGCUGUUCGUCCUCCCUGUUCACACCAGUUCGAUUUCCAAGAAACCAAUCCGAGGAGCUCUACAACCACGCCCACUCAAUAACCUAUGCCUCGGCCAGAAAAUGUCUCAACCUGUUGAUGAGUCGCUUCGGCAUUCUUGGCACUGAAAUACACGGCUCCCACGGAUCUGCCAAGCAAACGAUAACGGCCCUAUCCAUUCUGCACAACAUGGCAAUGGAGUGGGCAGAUCCCAGUAUUGAUACGGAGCAGAACAUUUCGCCGUUCAAUUCAACCUUCUUCAAUUCCAUAGGAAGAGCACCGAAGUCCGGGGAAGACAACAAUAGGAGACAAUUCAUAAAAACUCACUUUGCAUCCUAAUAAUUACAAUUCUUAUAAGAAUUACUCUUGAAUAAUUUU